AUGGACUUCUCCUCGGAAGCGAAAUCAUCCCACCACCACGACACGCACGCUCUGCCCCCGAUCCCCAUCCAGGAAGCCUACUUGCACUACAACAAAGUGAAACGGCAAGAGCUGGAGCAGGAUGAUGAUAUCUUGUAUUUCGGCCGUGAGCUUAGCGAGAAGCAGCGUGACAUCUGGCGGCCUGCAGGGACCAUUUCCGCUUCCGUUAUAGAAAACGCAUGCAACGACUAUUGGAAAGCAGCCCUGACGACCGAUGACAGUCCGUGUCUGACUGACUUCCAAGAUGCCACCAUCUACGAGCACAAGGACAUUCCCGGCCUGCAGAUCGUGCCCGGGAUCCUGCCCAUGGAGACCCAGAUACUAUUCACAUCUCAGCUGAUGCACCGAGACUUGGCGGACCCGAAACACAAAAUCAACCUCGAGGCCGACUACCACAUCCCCUACCCGCCACCACGACCACCACCACAAGACGACCUCCCCGCCUCGUCCUCCACCUCCACCCCCUCCCACUCCUUCUUCACCCUCCCCCAAUCCUCCCCCAACCACGCCCUCCACCCCAAACCCCCCGCCGCCGCCUCCUCUCCCACCCGCACCAAUAAAAAGCCCCUAAACAUGGCCCAAUUCCUCGCCAGCAAGCUGCGCUGGCUCACCCUCGGCGAGCAGUACGACUGGCCCACGCGCAGCUACGGCAUCACCCGCACCCCCUUCCCGCCCGACCUCUCCGUCCUCGUCACCGGGCUCUUCCCGCACAUACGCCCCGAGUCGGGCGUCGUCCUCGUGUAUUCGGGCAAGGACUACAUGCCGGUGCACAGGGACGUCAGCGAGCACUGCGAGCGCGCGUUGGCGAGCUUCUCCGUGGGGUGCGAGGGCGUGUUUGUCAUACAGAAGGGGGACGGGGAUGGGGACGGUAACGACGAGGGAGAGCGUGGAAGUGGUGGUGAUGGGGAAGAGGAUCACGGUGGCCACCGGGAACGGAAUGGUGGCGAUGAGCGGGAGGACCGAAAGCAUGAGCAGCAGCAGCAACAGCAACAGCAGCAACAAGUCGUGCCCCGCCGGCGGCCGGAUCGCACCGCUGCCAUCAGGGUGCGGAGUGGUGAUUGUGUGUUGUUGUCCGGCGAGGCGCGGUGGGCGUGGCACGCCAUGCCGCGGACCAUCCCGGGGACGUGUCCGGAGCCGUUGGCGCAGUGGCCGGUGGGGACGCCGGGGGCGAGCGAGGAGGAGAGGAGGGCGUACGGAAAGUGGAAGGGGUAUAUGGGGACGAAGCGGAUCAAUGUCAGUUGUAGGCAGGUUUGGGAUUGA